CAAAAACAAGUCAACUGCUCCCACCAUAACUAUGGCUGCUUCAAUCCUAUUGAAGCAUAGAUGUCCACAAAUGUCUGCCCAGGCUUACAGAUAUUCCAUAGGAGUCCUCUGGCAUAGUGGAGCUAAAAAGCAGGGAUUCCUGAGAAGUAACAGAUGGGGUGUUUCCAUUAGCCAUUCCAUGACUUUGAGUAAAUUAGAUGAAAUGGGUGUUGGACAGGCGUCUCAAAGGAUGGAAGGAAGACCUUGAAACUCAUGCUAACUGUGCAAGCUUAUUGUUGGAGACUCAGCGAUUUUUAAGUGAGAGGAAUGAGCAUGAAUUUAUACCACCAGGAGUUUCUACAAUAGAUAUUAGUGGACUUGAUUUAUCAUUUCCCACUUUGCCACAAUAUUCCGCGCAAGAAGGUCCACCCAAAGUGACCAAAUGUUCAUCAACUCAUCUUGUGAAUGAUGAACAGCACUUACCAGUGGCAAUGGAAUGCAUGCCGGUAGUACAAAAUGAAAUUAAGGACAAACGUAAGAAACAUCUUGGCCAGAAAUUCCAAGAAGCAUCAAUAGAAAACAUUUUUGAAUUAAUUGAUAAGGAACUUCCACAAAGCAAGUAUGAUUCACUUGAUACAUCUGUCAUCAAUAGACUUGUGCACACACAUGAGAGUCUAAAGCCACCCAGUUAUCAAAUUAUUGGUGAUAAUAUUGACCUUCAUGUUAAGGCUAAACACAUGAGCAGUGAACGGCAAAAUAAAAGCAUCCACUGGUUUGCACUUAAUGCCAUACAAGAUGGAGUCAAUGGCUUGGAUCUCCCAGAUGACAAUCCGAUAAAAGAUGUCCUUGAAAUGGAAAACAUUGAAUUUUUACCAUCAAUAACCGAUAAUGACGAUCUACUGCAUGACUUGAUUCCCUUGUGUGCCAGGAUUGCAAUUGAAAAAUUACCAGCCCUUAAUUGCUUCAAGGAUGUUAAAAUUUGUCACAUUCCACAUAGAUACUCACAAGUAAUGAAGCAGAAGUCAGCACAGGAGCCACUAGGUAUUCUAUUUAAAAAUGAAAACCUGAAUGAUGAAAUGAUAGACAUUCUUCAAGCCAUUCAUGACAACUACAUCCCAGUAACAGUGACACAAGAGCCUACAGAAGAUGGGUACACAUUAGCUUCUGAAGUCACGGAACAAGUAUUCUUUGGAGGUGACCAGUUAACAGAYGAAAGGGCCAGAAAUUCUAUUGAUGCUAGAGGUGAUGGAGAUUCUCUACUUGAAAGGAGUAAUUCCAAAAGUUGAAGACUGGCAUGCUAUCAGACUUGUGUAUCAGAUCAUGUACGAUAUAUUAUAUCAUCCGAACUCUGCCAAUGAUGCAGGGAGCAUGUGCUCAAACAUGAAUGUUACCAACAACACAAAUGCAAAAACAAAGAAUGUAUUAGACAAUUUUAACUACUGCAAGGACUUUGUAAAAGUUGAGACCGAGGCAUUUAUUGUUGCUGCAUUCAUGGCCCAUUUCAAGAUGGAAUCAUAUGAAGGUAGCAUUAACAUCCCUACAUCUGUACUGAAUGGAACGAAGGAAGAUAGAGCUAUGUGGCUACACCAACAUGUGAAAGAAAUGUUAGAAACAUUCAUAAUGACAAAGCAAACAAAAGAGUAUUAGAGCAACUAAUAGAAGAAGUGACCAUUGCAAAUCAGCCUCCUCAGCCUAAAGUGUUUCUCUGCCGAUGCUGUGGGAAGUCAUAUGUUUACAAAAAAUGUCGUGAUCGACAUGAAGUUCAACUACACCCUGACUUCACACCACCUGUGGAAGAAACAUGUGACAAGGAAACAUCUGAUUCAGCAGAUGACCCCAAGCAAGAUAAUAAGCAUGAAGAUUACAUUCACAAUUAUGCUUGUGCAAGAUUGCUACUCCACAAUUUUGAUGAUUCUG